GCUCGCCAAUGAGCGUCUUCAGUGUGAAUGUCCUUCAUUUCACUGUCUGACACCUGAACCUGAUUAAUCACGGAUGCCAAUUUAGACUUAAAAAGAGAGAGAGAACCGAAGAAACGCAUCGCUCCGGUUCGCCGCCUCUCCUCCAUCGCGUGACAUUCUGGAGCGUUUAAAACAACUUUUAACUGCGCGCGACAUGGAGUGCCGAGUGCUGUCGAUUCAGAGUCAUGUCGUGAGAGGAUACGUGGGGAAUAAGUCGGCAUCCUUCCCGUUACAGGUUUUGGGGUUUGAAGUGGAUUCCAUCAAUUCCGUUCAGUUCUCCAACCACACAGGUUACUCUCAUUGGAAGGGACAGGUAUUAACUGCAGAUGAGCUCCACGUCCUAUAUGAAGGGAUCAAACUGAACAGUGUUAACCACUAUGACUAUGUACUAACAGGUUACACUAGAGAUACAUCAUUUCUGGAGAUGGUAGUUGAUAUUAUACAAGAGCUGAAGAGGGCCAAUCCUAACCUUGUAUAUGUUUGUGACCCUGUCCUAGGUGACCAUGGUUCAAUGUAUGUUCCUCAGAAUCUACAUCCCGUGUACAAGAAUAAAGUGGUACCAGUAGCUGAUAUUAUCACACCAAACCAAUUUGAGGCGGAGUUGUUGACUGGUAAGAAUAUCAGCACAGAGAAAGAUGCUGUUGAGGUGAUGGACCUGUUGCAUAAGAUGGGUCCAGACACUGUGGUCAUCACCAGCUCUGAUCUGCCCUCGCAUCUCGGGGACAGAUUCUUGGUGUCUCUUGGCAGUCAGCGUGUUUUGAUGCCAGAUGGUACAAGGACGACUCAGCGGAUCCGAAUAGAUGUGCCGAAAGUAGACGCAGUGUUUGUGGGGACUGGUGAUCUGUUUGCUGCUAUGCUGCUGGCCUGGACUCAUCAUUACCCAACAGACCUGAAAACGGCAUGUGAGAAGACUUUCUCAGUUAUGCACCAUGUUAUCCAGAGGACUAUCUCUUAUGCCCAUGAGAUGGCAGGCCCUGGUAGAAGACCCAGCCCAGCCCAGCUGGAGUUACGGAUGGUCCAGAGUAAAGCGGACAUAGAGGAUCCAGCCAUAGUGAUGGAGGCCACCGUUCUAUAGAGCCGCUGCCACAUCUCAUCCACACAUCAUCCUCCGCUCAUAAAUGCACAAUGUAUAGAUGUUGUACAUUUUUGAUAUGUAAUGUGACAUUGCCUUAGAAUCUCAGCCGGAGCAAAACCGUUCCAUUUCAAGAGAUUCAACAGGGUACAGCCAAACAAGCCAGAGGGAGAGAGUGAUUAUAACAUAGAAAAAAGAGAAGGGGAGAAAUGAAUGGGAGAGCUCAUCAGCCACUCUCAUUCACCCUUUGUCCUUUUUUAUUACCAUUUCUGUCUGUCUUCUGAAGCUCCUCAAGAACUCCUGUUCGUCCUGCACAUAAAGCCCAGUCACUGACAUUUCCAAACCAGGUCAGUUAUGUACCUAAACUGCCAUUGUUCUAUUGAGGACCAAAUGAACAAAUUUACAUCAAUAUGGGUUAAUUUUUUUUGCAUCUCCACUGUACAAUUAAGAGGAACAAGGAUUGAGUGUUUUUGAACACAAAUCAAGAAUUCUCUUGAUAAGAUAGAUGUUGUAUGGCCAAACUCCAAAAUAAGCAAGGAUGUUAAGUGGGUCCUUAAGACCCAAAGCACCAAAUUGUGAGUCCAACAUGUUUCUGAAUUCUGUGUAUUUUAUUGUUUUUUGACCUUUUUUUUUUUU